ACCUACAGCCUCUUUUGGUACGAUUUUAAAGGUUCCUAUAAAAGAAAUAAAAAAUGUGUGCCCUGCCAAAAAAUAUCAUUGAGACCUGUAAAAACGAUUUCAAAUUUUCUAAAAUAUUUAAAACAGAUAUAUUUAUAAAGGAACUGGCGAAUGAUUUUGCUUUAAGUUCUCAAGCAAUCAGUCUUAAUCAUUAUUUUGGUAUGGGUAUUUCAUCUGCCUAUUAUGUCUAUCUAGGUUCCAAAUCAUAGAAAUUUAAUAACCACCCCUCCCCUCCUAACUUCAGUAUAUGGUCACGUGGUAUCCAUUGGCGGGAAAUUCCCGCCCCUCAAAAACAACACGACCUUUGUCAAGUAGCGACUUCAUUCACGAGUGGCUGGUCGAGUAGAAACAACCCGUAGAAGGCGGAAUGCUGUCGUCUGUACCAUCGGCUCAAUGAACUAAAACGAGACCAGGAAGCAAAAGAAUGGACCCAAAUUGCCAUUCUUACCAGCCUUUAAGGGAAAUGCAGAUCUCUCUGACAUACAUACCAACAACAUCCUCUGGUGCUUUACCCUUGUGGCAUCCACCCAAUGUGACAAACUCCUGUCUUGUUAAGCCAGAACUGCAGUUUUCAACAGCUAAUGAUUUCCAUCAGUCACAAGCAGAAUAUACUAUGGCUGAAAACAGCAGCAGUUAUGAACCGCCAGUACCAAUUAUCAAGUUGAUGAAAGGGCUAACAGCAGUAAAUUAUGUUUCCUGCAAUACAUCAAAUUUUGUUCCAGUUCAAGUGGCAAGUUCUGAUUUGAAGCUUGGAUAUCAGAACAUCGCUCAGUGUGAGUACUAUGGUGAUGGAGAUGUCUACCAGUCUCAUGUAAAAAAAAGGCCAAUUAGCGGAGGGAAAUCCAAGGAUGAGUUCUUUAAACUUCUUGCCCAGAAGAAUGGAAUAAAAGUGGAACCAGCCCCAAAACAAGCCAAAUCCAAAGCUUCUGUUGGAAGUAAGAUCAAAGAUUCACCUUCCCCUCACCGCCCAAUGUCAGAAUCAUCCCAUGGAUUGUAUGGUAAUGAGGGGGGAAACAGUUAUGAACAUUGUGUUGAUUUAAUUGCUGAUGAAAUUGUGGAUAACCUCCUAAAGAAGCUUGUGAAGGAGGAGUACGAAUAUACUAAUAAAAUUGUGACACUGGGAACUAAUAUCUGUGAUUUUAAUAACACAUCUAAUCUGAAGAAACAUGAAUUGGAUUACUCUGAAAACAGGAGCACAUGGCCCAAGUCCAGCAAAGAUAUUAUUUCUGUAGCUGAUAACUGUGAGUUUGUUUCUGAGGGAAGCAAUGUCUCAAACCAUUGGUUUCAGUCCUACUCUGCGGAUUCACCCAAGGCAUGUAAACAGCAAUGUUUCACUAAGGAUCAGGCUAUUCAAACUGUCUCCAAUGACGAUAUUGACUUGACUUUUACUGAAGACAAAUUUCUAUUGUUUGCAAGGAAAUGUGGAAUCAAGAUAGGAAGUUCUGGAGAUUAUAAGGUGGAGGAACCCAAACAUGCUGGUUCUAUGAGCUCAAACUUAGAGUCUCCCAAAUAUGAGUGCAAGCCAGGCUUACCCUCAAAACAAUUAAGAAGUAAUAUUUUUGAGGAGUUGGCACACAGGAGCGGAAUUAAAGUUAGUUCUGGAUCAAAAAGCUCUACAAACAAAAAGUCUUGUGGACAAACUAGUGAGCAAAGUAAUGUUGGAAAAUCACCAAAAGUGGCUCAGUCACAUAGAAUGAACUGCAGAGAACAGAUAGCAUUUAGUUUUGAAGAGCUGGCUCGGCGGCAUGGCAUUAAGAUAAGUACCAAGAGGCGUGAACAUGUUGCCACUCAAACCCGCCAAAAGGUUACCAAUACUAAGAGUUCACAAACAAGUAAACCUGAAAUGGUAAACGUAGAUGUACAGGUGACUGCAAGAAAGGAAGCAUUCCAAAAGGAGUUUGACGUUUGGAUGGGAGAGGAAUUGUCUGCCCCCGAGUUGACUCACAGGCAGAUGUAUCUCAGUGAGGUGGCCGCUCGAAAAGAUGCAGAGGAGAAGUUAGUGAGCAGCCUUGAUGCUAAUGUGCGUGAACACAGGGAUCACAGGCAAGCUUGUGAUGAGAUGAAGGAAGUUAUAAGGAACCAGGAGAUAGAAAUUGAGAAACUUUCUAAGGAGCUGAAAACGCUGAGGAAACACAAGGACAACGAAAUCAAGCAAUUGAGCAAAGACCUGAAGCAGAGAGAGGAAGAGCUCUUUGCGUCGAACGAGAAGAACAACGUGAAAGAUGUGACUAUCUUUAAUAUGCGUCAGAUGGCUGCGGAGAGGAGUGGUGACAUUGAUCAUCUCAAGAAGAGCUUGCAGGAUCUGCAGGCUAAGUUGGAAACCCUUGAUAAGCAAAACAACAGCGUAUUCUUAAAAGCACAAAAGGAGCAAAAACAUAUGAGUAUGGAGUCAGAGUGGCAAACAGUCAAUGGAAGCAACAAGUCCAAAACGAAAAAAGAUACUAUCUUUAAGUGUAAACCACAUGCUGCAAGUCACCUUUCCUUGUUUGACUCAGAAGCAGAACUUGCCUAUUCUGGAGGGGGUUGUGAGCAACCUUCUGCGGAUGCUGCAGGACUUACAACAGCCAAGGAAAACCCUCUCAUGAAACCCCAAGCACCACUACUCGGAAGUGAUAACACACUUGGAAAUUCUAUCGUGCAUAUUGCCAACAUAAGCCCCAAAAAAGGUGAAGUACCCAGUGAUUUUGAUGGUUUUAAGGCAACGGACCACACGCAGCAAUCUAUGAGUGUAAUACCGGCUCAUUCCGAUCCUGCGCAACAAGGAGUGGUAUACCCUCUGUUCCCACCUGAGCUACUGGCACUACAGUACUCUUCCGUGCCCAUGUUCCCGGGUAUUGGAGGUUACAUUGGCCAAGUAACACCCAGCUACCCUGUCCCACCUCCUGGGAUUACCACGGAACCUGUUCCACUGGGAGAUGAGACUGCUAGUCAGCCACAAAAACCUCGCAAUGACAAGCACUCGUCGUUUGACAAGCUAAUGGUGGCUCUGAAGGAAUCAUUUCCAGCCUAUUCACGGCCUGAGUUGAUGAUAUACCUUAAGCAAGCAAAGGCAUCAUGCGGCUCCACUGGCUUUCGAGGGAAGCAGAUAAGUGAAGUUGUGGCGAAGGUUGCCGAGAUUAUAAAUCAGGAUUCAAGGCAAUGUUAAAAGCACGUGGGCUUUAAAGACAAGCAACACCAGUUAAACUCUGUAGAGAGCUCAGCAACUUGUAGCUGUUUUAUUAUAUUUACUGCAAUACGUUAAGAACUACCAGAGCAUUUGGAGUAGAUUCCCAGGACUUACGAACUACAAGAAUGAUUUGAAUUGCCGUCGGUGGCCCGCCUAGGGCAAAGUUCUGCUCAAAAUACUGUAGUCUAAGCACAUCAUUUGGAGGGGACUUGUAAGCUGAGGGACAGACUGUAAGAUACUUUGGGGAGAGGGGAGGGGGAAGAAGGGCACGCAUCCCCCCAAAAUAAUUCUCCAAAAGCGAGAAAAAUCCCUGAGCAACCUGAGAAACCCAAGAAGCCAAUGGAUCAGCGAAAGAACACAGGUGCUCCGCGUGCAUUCAAGAAAAUGUGCACCCCCUAAAAUAUCUAAUGAUCCGACCCAUUUACGUUACAGUUUUUUUAUGCAGUAAUUCUCAAUUUAGUUGACAUUGCAUUAAGGUAAUUUCCUUGAAAUAUUUCUACAAACCAGAAUUUUUUU